AUGGGCAAAGACGUGGACUCACCGACAUCUUCGCCUCUGUCGAGAGAACUUUCGCCCCUGUCACGCACCCUGACUGAGAGCACGGGCAAGACGUCUGCAAAAUCGGACUUGAGGGACAAAAAAGAGGUCAAAAACAAGAGCAAACGCUCGAAAAGCGUGUCGCACUUGGCAGACCGCAACAGAAUCUUGGGCAGCAGAAUGACUCCACUCAAUGCCGAAGAGCCUCCAGUGUCAGUUCCUGCUGUGAUUGAUUCGGGCGAUGAUGAGCCUGGCGAGGCCGAUGCUGCCGAAAAGGUGUUCAGACGGCUCUCUGUGGGUUCAAACGAUAUGAGACGCGCAACAUCCCAUGCGCAGCUCUCCUCGACAGCACACGGCAUGCGUUUGCUAUCUAAAGAUAUCCAGAAGUCCAUGGUGGUCUUAGAGGUUCGCAAACUGAUGAUCGUCACGAAAAAGCAAGACAGCUCGCUUGUGUAUCUAACGCGAGAAAUGGUUGAGUGGAUUCUGGUCAACUAUCCAAACAUCGAGAUCUACGUCGAUGAGGCAGUUGAGAAGUCCAGUAAAUUCGACACCCCGGGUAUCAUCAGAGACAGCAGGUGUGGGUCGCAUAAAAUCAAGUGUUGGACUCCAGAAUUGGUGGCGAAAAAGGACGACUUCUUCGACCUGAUCAUCACACUGGGUGGUGAUGGUACUGUGCUCUACGUUUCCUCGCUUUUCCAACGAAGCAUCCCGCCUGUCAUGUCGUUCUCCCUUGGCUCCUUGGGUUUCUUGACCAAUUUUAACUAUGAGAACUUCAGACAGUCGCUACCACGCGUUUUGAACUCUAAGAUCAGAAGCAAGAUGAGAAUGAGGUUGUCUUGCCGCGUUUUCCGCAGGCGUAGACCCAACAAGGACGGCGCACGUUCCAAGAAGAAGUUUAGCAUGAUCGGAGAAUACCAUGUUCUCAACGAGCUUACCAUAGACCGUGGCCCCAGCGCUUUUAUCUCAAUGCUGGAGGUGUUCGGUGAUAACUCGCUGCUUACAGUCGCUCAGGCCGAUGGCUUAAUCAUCGCAACACCUACAGGGUCAACUGCAUACUCUCUGAGCGCUGGUGGGUCUCUGGUUUACCCAAGUGUGAACGCCAUUGCCGUCACACCGAUUUGCCCCCAUACGUUGAGCUUCAGACCUAUCAUUUUGCCCGACAGCAUGAAGCUCAAGGUUAAAGUUCCUCUGAACUCAAGAUCAAGUGCAUGGGCCGCUUUUGACGGGAAGAAUCGCGUUGAACUGUUCAAAGGCGACUACAUUUGUAUCACGGCCAGUCCACACUCAUUCCCUACGCUUGAAGCAAGCCCUACAGAGUUCAUUGACAGCAUAAGUAGGACAUUGAACUGGAACGCCCGUGAGCCGCAGAAGAGCUUCGCUCAUAUGUUAUCUCAGAAGAACCAGAAGAACUACGUUAGCGAUACAGAGAAACAAAAACGAGAUGAGCCCGAAGUACGUGCUCCGUCUGACGACGAAGAAGACGAUGAUUAUUCUACAGACGCAGAGAGCACUCAGCACCGGCCCAGAGUCCUAGAGUAUGCGAAAACGCCUAAGUUAAAGCCGAAUUUUCAACUGUAG